UCGGAAAUGAAAAGUUCUGCAAGUGAGAGAGACUGUCGUAAAUCAUGAGGUCUUCGUAGCCGCUCUAUCAUAGCAGGGUCUGCACCCGAAACUGCGGGAACCCCCUAAUCUGAGAUGUUUGACUUCAUUGGAUCUGCAAGUCGUGCAGAAGCAAGACCACCCACCGACCUUCACUUCCCUCCACUGCUCUCAGCAACCCUACUUUAAAGGGGAAAGAGGCAGAUGUUGGUACGGAGUGAACAGAGAACAGAAAGAGGAAGCAGUAUGUAGAUUACAUAUCUCCAUCCUCAGAUGCAGAACUCAUGUUUGUUUGUUUUUUAACCAAAUAACAAUGUGCUCGGAGGAACAUUUCCCGCUUGGAUUGGCUGUGACUGGAAGAUGACGGCAGGUUUUCUGAGCGUUCCCAUCAUGAGGCCGAACCACUGCUGGACCAUCCUGCAUGUGUGCGUCCUGACGGUGCUGCUUCUCACCUUAAACGCUGACAGUCAAGAUUCAAACUGUGAAACAGCAAUUAAGGUGCGGCGCAACACACAUCAUGCAGCUCUCCUCGGGCAGCGCCUUGUGAUUGACUGCCCAGUUCAUUUCUGCAACAACUCAACACCAACAGUGUCCUGGUUUAAAAAUGAGAAAACUACUGUCCCUGUUGAUGUCAGCAGUGGCAGCCACAUUAGAACAGAGUGGAAACAAUUAAACCAUUCUGAUGGGAUAUCACAUUUGAUUUUCCAAAACAUUCUCAUGAGCGACUCAGGUGUGUAUCAGUGUCGCAGUGAUCUCAUUGUGAGUCACAACAUCAACGUCUCUGUCUUCGAUCAUGAGGAGCCUGCCAACGGUACACAGAGGAAUGAGACAGGCAACACAAAUCCAGGUUCUGAUCCCCCAACAAACCUGUGGACGUACGUGUACACUGCAGCUGGGAUCCUGGCAUCCGUCAUCAUAGUGAUCAUUAUAUCUGUCUUAUCAAUGCAAGGGUGUAAAGGGAAACCGAAGAAAGAGAUCCAAAGUGAUAAUCAGCAGUAUAUAGCCAUCCCCAUGGUCGAGCAACCCCUCCCACGCACCAGCCUCCAAGCUCCACCAAGAGGAAGCCCCUCUGCGCCGCCAUCUCGGAAAUCAACCCGCAGAAAGACACCGCCCCCACAACCCAGUGAGCUGCCAUUACCGAGAGACAAUCAGCACCUUUACAGCAAGACAAAAGAGAACAGAGGGAGACAGAGGAACACAGCGCAGGAAGAGGGGAGCUCUGUUGUGUACGCUGCCCUCAACCAUCAGCCUCCAGCGGGGGCCGCUGCUCGGCCGCGGAUCCCGAGGGAGGAGAGUUCAGAGUACGCAGCGAUCCGUAUUCCAGGCCACUAGACACUAGAAGAACAUUUCAAACUAGUUCAUCCCAGAGGAGCUCAGGAGGGCAAUUUAAAGCGGAUACACUUCCCCUCUCACAGCAAGGGGCGCCACACAGAAAACUGAUGUGAACAGUGUUUUCUUUACAUCUGCAGAUGCCACAGCACAGACAUCCCACCCCAUCUGCCUGCAACUCUAAAGAUUGGUGCAAAAAUAUAAGCUCUAUAAUAAGAGCUGGUCAAUACUUUAAAGGCACCUGCGCGGGUGUUUUCAUUCAAGUUUAUUUGACCUCUGCUUAAGUUAAAGUUUAUGAUAUCAUCAUGUGCAUUGGAUUUGUUGACCUUAAAAGAAAUACAGAAGGACACCAGCCUCCUCCUCUAAGAUACAAGUGGGAAAAGGGCUGAAAUUGGACGACCAAGUCCUCAGAACGUGUAAAUCUGCAGCAUGCCGAGGCUGAAUGCAAACCAAACAAAAUGUGUUUUUAGAGAAUUUUGUCUACAACUAAUAAGGAUUUGUUUGUGACCUUGGUGUGAACGUUUUGUGUCAUGCACUCACCACGAGUUAAAACUCUGACUUUAGGGUGUUGCACAUCCAUGACUUGAAUGUACUCUUUUGAGUGCCGUCACGUCUGAUAACAGUAAUGGUUUCAUGAGCUUGCAACCUGUGUAGUACAAUAUCAAGUGCUGACUAAUCUCCUCACUAUAUGACUGACGAUGCUGAGCUUUUGUAAUUUAAUGUUUCACACCCUUUUUGAAUUAUUGAUUGUGCUUUGUUGGCUGUGAAACACAGAAUGUAAUAAUAAUCUUAUUAUCUUGUGCAAUCAAAUAACAGAAUGUGCAUCCAUAACUGUUUGAUUUAAAUUAAGAUUAUAUGAUCCCAUCAUUGCUGACUCGCUUUUGUACCGUUUGUACUGUAAAACGAUCUAAUACCAUGGAAACAAAAAUGUUUACUCAAAUACACUGUUUGUGUGUGUGUACAUGCCAAAAAUGUGAUAUGAUACGUGCAAUGUAAUUGGGGUAUGCAUACAACAUAGACCAUAGUAGUCAAAAAC